UACUUUCCCUUUAUUCCUCCGGGAGGAUAAAAAUAGUGGGCGCGCGGGGCAUUGUGGGUGCAGCAGGUUUCCAACAUGGCGGAUUCUACAAAACAUGCAGCUGCUAACUCUGAUAGUGGGAGUGGAGAGGCAGGCAAGGCAUCAGAUGGCAGCACUAAGAAAGAGGGGGCGUCAGUGAUAUUCAAGCUGUACUGCCUGGCAGUGCUGACUGUCAUGGCGGCGUCCUACACGGUACUGAUGCGGUACACCAGGACAGUCGAAGGCGUACGGUACUACUCCACAACCACCGUCUUCGUCACAGAAUGCGCCAAGAUGUUUUUCACGCUAUGCAUCCUCCUCAAAGAGCACAAGGGCAGUAUACGAAAAGUUUCACAGGAACUGAAGGGGAACAUCAUCGGGAAGCCUACGGAGAUGUUGAAGAUGAGUGUUCCGUCCAUCGUGUAUGCCAUCCAGAACAACAUGACCUUCAUUGGACUCAGUAACCUGGAUGCAGCAACAUACCAGGUGACAUACCAGAUGAAAAUCCCAUGUACGGCCCUGUUGUCUGUGAUGAUGUUAGGGCGGAGUCUAGGCGGUAUGCAGUGGAUCGCCGUUUUCGUUCUGACGGGUGGCGUCAUUCUUGUGCAGGGCAUUGGAGGAGAGGCAGUGAGCCAUACCUCAGGUACUGACGGGAACUAUGUAGUAGGCCUGACUGCCCUGACUAUUGCUGUCUUCUGCUCAGGAUUUGCAGGGGUUUACUUUGAAAAACUGCUGAAGGGCUCGGACACCUCACUGUGGGUGCGGAAUGUCCAGAUGUACUCGUGGGGCAUGCUCAGUGCCUUCAUGGGUGUGGUCAUGCACGACUGGCAGAACGUCAGGGAAAACGGCUUCUUGUACGGCUACACACCCCUGGUCUGGCUCGUAGUCUUGCUAGGCAGUGGCGGUGGCAUCUACACAUCCAUUGUAGUGAAGUACACCGACAACAUCAUGAAAGGCUUCGCGGCAGCUGCUGCCAUCGUGUUGUCUACCAUCGCUUCUAUCAUGUUCAUGGGUCUGGUCGUCGGAUGGAUGUUUGUCCUGGGCGCGAGUCUCGUCAUUGCCGCUAUCUUCAUGUACGGCCUCCCCAAAACCAACACAGAAAGACUCCCCACUAAGAAAGGGGGCACAACACAAAAUGUGUAAAGACACCUUGUGGUAGUAUCCAGUACUGCACCUAUAUCAGUUUAUGACAUCAUUCUAAUUUGUUGGCUCCUAACUUUUGGAAUUUAAAUAUUUUUUCUUAGUAAUUUAGUGGGUGAGAUUGGGAAUGAAUGCAGGAUAAUUUUUGUUGUUGGUCAAUAGGGCCAAAUCCAUCUAAUCAACUUUUUAAAAGUGUCACAAUACAUGUAUUGGGAAAAGAGAUGUAAAAAGUUGAGGAUGUGAUCAUUUUCAACAGGAUAUCGAGAUUUUUUAGUUUCUCUUUUUGGUUAGAUGGCAGCUACUUUAGAGACAAAAUAAAGGGGCUUUGCAGAAAAUUCAUUGAAAGAGAAUUUUAACCUUCUCUCUGCUGAUGGAACCUACAUGUAUUGGCACCAAAAACGUACGGUUACAGGGUUAGGCAGCAGGGAGAGGGUUAACAAAACUUGUAGAUUGUACAAACUCUGGUUGGGUUGCGCAUGUAGAUUAGCAUUUCUAUGUAUGAUAAAUUGAGGUGGCAAUGUGGUUACUGCAGUAACUUCUUUUCAAUAUUCACAAAACUGAGAUUGUGGACCACUUUGUGUAGUAGCAUUGCAUAGAAAUAUUUCACAGGCACAAUAAUAUAUGGUAUAUAUAUAUAUAUAUAUGAUAUAGAUUGGUGCCUAUACUUUGUAUAGUUAAGAGAGUGUGAUAGUUUGUGCAUCAGCACACUAAUGUAUGUAGUUUUACAUGUUAGGUAAUAGGAAAUCAUGAUGACCUUUUAACAUUAUAUGUGUUGGGGUCAUCUUUUCCUACCUGAAUUAUGAUUGUCCAGAAUUAUCAUUUUUGUACUUUACAAAGAUUGAAGGUUUGACAUACAUGUAGCAUGGGAAAAGGUGGGUAAAGGUGUAAAGCAGCAGUUGUAUCAAACAUGUACUGUCAGAACACAACAUCAACACCUUUUUUUUUCAUCCAAAUGUCAGGUGUAAUGUACAAGAAAUCUAUCACUUGACAAUUGAAAUACACAAAUAUGUAUGUCCAUAUGAUGGAAUAUUGUGUAAUUACAGAUAAUUACAGUAGCCCCUUUCAGAAAUGUUAUUUUUGCUUUGGGUACUAGCCAUUACAACUUUAUACAAACAUGAUUUUAAGAUCUGCAAAUGUAGCUGUUACAAUGAACGCAAUCCAAAUAUAGUUCUUUUGUAUGCCGGUAUGUGCUGAAUGUUAUAAACUGCUUGACUGGGGCUGCACAUUUUUUUUUAAUGUGACAUCAAGAUUUAGGUGCAAUAGAGCUAAUUCUUGGAGCUUGUUGGAUGAAUGCAGUGCAAUCCAUGUAAAGAACACAUUGAAGGGAACUAUAAAACUGUAAUAAAAACUUAGGAUGCACAUAAUAUAUUUUGGUACUCUGCACCAGACUAACUACAUUGGCAGAAAGAUAAAUUUAGCCAAAUAGGGAGAAUGAUUUGUGAGGUUUCAUUUUGCUUGCCACAUGCUCACUCUCCUUGCCAGUUGUUCUACAAACAUUUCCAUAUCACUUUUGGGAAGCCUUGUGGAGGUUUUCAUUUACAUCAAACCGGCUGAAUUGUACAUGUAAUGUAAACUUGGACAAUGUCUUAAGUCAACUCACUUCACUACACAAGGACACAUUAGGAACUUUCUGGGCUGUGUUGUAUAAACUUAUUAUAAAUAUAUAACAACAUAUUUUGGCAGAUGCAAUUAUGUUUACUGAACUGAAAUCAUUAAAGCAAGGAGAGACUUGCUGCAUAGAUUAUGCAUACUAAUUAAUAUGCACAUUAAGAGAUUAUGAUUAAAUUCAUCAUAAGGUUGUGAACUUCUUGUUUACAAAAGGAGCCUGAUACUGUGUAAAGUACACUGCCUGUCAAACUAUCACAAACAUUUUGUAUGUCAUAAUCAAGAAACUCUACAGUUAUUUCUUUGUUACCAACAACCUACAUGUUUAGGGCUUUGCCUACAGCCAUGACAGCAGUAUUAUUCAUGUUUUAGUAUCCUGCUGUUAACUUCCAGUCGGUGUUAAGCAAAGUCCAAAAAUAGAUCCAGGGUAAAAGCUAGACUUACAUGUACAAACACGUACCAAGGAUCACCCCACUGGCACUGUACUCGUAAAUACAUUGUUAGAGAAGCUGUAUUUUUGUGGGAGGUUGUACUUGUAGAAAUCGUCACCUGUAAUAAAACUUUCAAAGGUUA